AUGGCGCUCUCUCUGCGCUCCAAGGCGUUCGGUGCCACGCAGCGCGCUGCCGUGCGCACCCCCACCCGCGCUGUGCGCAUGGUGGUGCGUGCUUCGGCCCAGCAGCAGCAGCAGAGCCGCGCCCAGCUGGCCAAGGCUGCCAUGACCGCGGCGGGGGUGCAGCUGAUUGCUGCCGCCCCUGCGUUCGCCGAGGCCGGAAAGCUGUUCGACUUCAACCUGACGCUGCCGAUCAUGGCCGGCGAGAUCCUGCUGCUGAUGGUCUUCCUGGACAAGACCUGGUUUGGCCCCGUCGGCAAGGUGCUGGACGAGCGUGACGCGACCCUGCGCAGCCAGCUGACCGACGUCAAGGGCAACGCCGAGGAGCUGGCGCAGCUCACCAAGGAGGCUGAGGAGCUCGUCCGCGCCGCGCGCGGCGAGGUCUCUGCCCUGGUGCUGAAGCAGAAGAACGCCAAGCAGGCCGAGCUGGACAAGCUGUACAACGAGGCCAAGGCCAAGAUCACCAAGGAGACCGAGAGUGCGAUCGCGGCCAUGGAGAAGGAGUCCGAGGCGCUGCUGGCCAGCCUCGACGCGCAGGCCGAGAAGAUCAGCACCGAGGUGCUGCGCCGCGUGCUGCCCGAGGGCGUGAAGAUCUGA